AUGAGUGAAAUGAUGAAGACGGCGACGCACCGACGAAAAUUAUCACUGCCGGCCACCACCCUGGCCUCCUCCAACUCCUCGUCGCCAAAUCCCGCAGCAACAACCUCGUCACCCUACUUCCUACCCGAGCUCAUCUCCCAGAUCGCGAGUCGCGUGACCACCCUCCAGGAUUUCUUCGCCCUCCGCGCAACCUACCGGGAUCUCCUCCCUCCGUUGCCGUCCAACCUCGCCUGCCAAGCCCCACACCUUCUCCUUGUACCGGGAUCUCUAGCCCUGUUCCACCUACCCCUCCGCCGUCGCCUGCGCUUCCGCCUCCCCCGCCCCAUCCCUGAUGUUGACCCUAGCCCUGCCGCCUUCUACUCUUUUGGCUAUCGCAUCGCCAUGAAUAGCCCCAACCACCGUGAGCUCACCUUCGUCCACCUCCUCACAGGAAAGCGAUUUUGCCUCCCCCAUCCACCAGCAGACUUCUGUCGCCUCCUCCUCUCCGGCGAUCUCGUUCUUGCCUUCGUUCCGACGUCGGCCGUGCCGUCCAGUAUUGCCGCCUCGGGGAUGUUGAAUGGCCCGUGGCGUCAUGCACUGAACCCUACGUUCUUGAGGAUUUGAUCUUUCUCAAGGGCAACCU